CCCCCCCAAAAAUUUCUCUCAUUUCGCUCUCAAAUCCCCGAAGAGCAUCCAAGAAACCACCUUUAAAUCCUCAUUCCUCUUGUUCUCUCCCCAAAUCUCAAGCCCUAGACCCAUCGGAGCAUGAUCCGUUGAGGUAUAGUGGUUUUUGGUUUCUUUUUUCCGGCGAGAGAAGUGCGAAAGUUUGUUGCUUUAUGGAUUUUGUUGUUGUCUCGCCGUCCGAGCAUGCGUCGGUGGUGUCAAUCACGUUGUUUGUGGCGCUGCUCUGCGCGUGCAUCGUCAUCGGGCAUUUGCUCGAGGAGAGCCGGUGGAUGAAUGAGUCGAUCACUGCGCUUGCGAUUGGGCUUUGUACUGGAGGUGUUUUUCUCUUUACGACCAAAGGGAGGAGCUCUCGUGUUCUGGUGUUCAGCGAGGAGCUUUUCUUUAUAUAUCUACUUCCGCCGAUUAUAUUUAAUGCUGGGUUCCAAGUGAAAAAGAAACAAUUUUUCCGCAAUUUCAUGACGAUUAUGCUCUUUGGUGCAAUUGGGACUUUGAUCUCCUUUUUCAUAAUCUCACUUGGUGCCUUGGGUUUGAUUAGAAGAAUUGAUAUAGGUCUAUUGGAUAUUGGAGAUUAUUUAGCAAUUGGAGCGAUAUUGUCUGCAACAGACUCUGUUUGCACCUUGCAGGUGCUUAAUCAGGAUGAAAUACCCCUGCUUUAUAGCUUGGUUUUCGGUGAAGGUGUUGUUAAUGAUGCCACAUCAGUAGUUCUUUUCAAUGCGAUCCAGAACUAUGGCCAAGAACACAUUGAUGUGGUUGUUGUCUUGCGCUUUUUUGCAAACUUCUUUUAUCUGUUUCUCACCAGCACUGCGCUUGGAGCUUUUGCUGGAUUGUUUAGUGCAUAUAUCAUCAAAAAAUUGUAUUUUGGGAGGCAUUCAACUGAUCGAGAAGUUGCACUGAUGAUGCUCCUAGCCUACCUUUCGUAUAUGCUGGCUGAAUUUUUAAACCUGAGCAGCAUACUCACAGUAUUCUUCUGUGGAAUAGUAAUGUCGCACUAUACCUGGCAUAAUGUAACAGAGAGUUCUAGAGUUACUACCAAGCAUGCUUUUGCUACGCUAUCGUUUGUAGCUGAGAUUUUUAUCUUCCUUUAUGUUGGCAUGGAUGCAUUAGACAUCGAAAAGUGGACAUUUGUCAGUAACAGUCCUGGAAAAUCAAUUGGUGUGAGCUCAAUUCUGCUAGGAUUGGUUUUGGCCGGAAGAGCUGCUUUUGUUUUCCCACUUUCUUUUCUCUCCAACUUAACCAAGAAGUCCCCUGAUGAAAAAAUCUCCUUCAAUCAACAAGUUACAAUUUGGUGGGCAGGCCUGAUGAGAGGUGCUGUGUCAAUGGCACUUGCUUAUAAUCAGUUCACAAGAUCCGGUCACACUCAACUACCCGGCAAUGCUAUCAUGAUCACCAGUACCAUCACCGUCGUGCUAGUUAGCACAACGAUAUUUGGUUUGAUGACCAAGCCUUUGAUAAGGCUUUUAUUGCCUUCAAGCCAAAAACAUGGUGACUGCCUAUCGUUAGAGCCGUCAAGUUCGAAAUUUUUCCUGCAACCACUCCUUGGAAAUGAGCAAGAUUCUGAAGUUGAGGUCCGAGGCCAAAACAUCACCCGGCCGACGAGCCUUAGGAUGCUUCUAAGCAAACCAAGUCACACAGUUCAUUACUACUGGCGAAAAUUCGACGAUGCCUUCAUGCGUCCUGUGUUUGGCGGCCGAGGCUUUGUUUCUGUACUUCCUACCUCACCAACAGAUCAACAUGAUCAUUCAUAGAAAUGCCGAUACUCAGAUCGAAAAACACUUCAUUGCCGGAAAAACAAGAACAAAUCAGACACAGUUCAAGAGAAUAAAAA